CAUGCUUGGGGCGGGACAGCGACAAGAUACAUAAACUGGAACAGGCACCGCGCUGUAUCGGUUAGAAUAUUCAACCUGAAAAUAUAAGCAUGUCGGUCGUGUGCACCUCUUUAGCCCGAAACGCCGUGGCAUUACGGAACAAUGGGGCGAUGGUGAUGGUGCGCUAUGCACAGACCGCAGCCGCCCCGGCAUCUGAGCCCAGGAUCAAGAAGUUCCAGAUCUACCGCUGGGACCCAGACACAAUGGGGGAUAAGCCACGCAUGCAGACAUAUGAAAUUGAUCUCAACAACUGUGGCCCCAUGGUUUUGGAUGCCCUCAUUAAAAUCAAGAAUGAGAUGGACCCCACGCUCACAUUCAGACGCUCCUGCAGAGAGGGUAUCUGCGGCUCAUGUGCCAUGAACAUCAACGGAGGCAACACACUGGCCUGCUUAAACAAAAUAGACAUCAAUACCAGCAAACCGAUCAAAAUUUACCCACUCCCACACAUGUACGUUGUCAAAGAUCUGGUGCCGGACAUGAGUAAUUUCUAUGCCCAGUACAAGUCCAUCGAGCCCUUCCUGAAGAAGAAAGAUGAGUCUCAGGAGGGCAAGGAGCAGUACCACCAGACUGUGGAAGACAGGCAAAAGCUGGACGGUCUGUAUGAGUGCAUUCUCUGUGCCUGCUGUAGCACCAGCUGCCCUAGUUACUGGUGGAAUGGAGAUAAGUAUCUGGGCCCUGCUGUCCUCAUGCAGGCCUAUCGUUGGAUGAUUGAUUCACGUGAUGAGUUCACGGAGGAACGACUGUCGAAGCUCCAGGACCCCUUCUCUCUCUACCGCUGUCACACAAUCAUGAACUGCACUAAGACAUGCCCCAAGGGACUCAACCCAGGAAAGGCUAUUGCUGAGAUCAAGAAAAUGAUGGCAACAUAUAAAGAGAAAGUCAUUAACCCUGUGAACAUUGUGGAUAACCACCGGACUUGAAAUCCACGAGUAAUGACUCUAAUGCUGAACUUUCGAUUAAACAUUAGCCUUUCAACAGUGUCUGUCCCUUUCAUUAGGCUUUGCACAUGAAAAAAGAUACAGGUAGCCUAGAAGAUACUGCUGAUUUUAUAUAUGUGAGAGUGGAAUAACUGUUCCUCCUUCUAGAAAUGUUUUUUUCUUCUUCUAAAAAUACAUACAAAAGUCAUGUUUGAUGUGGUGAUAGAGCUUAUUACUCAGUGUGUGUGUAGAUUGUACAGCAGACGUUGGCACCAGGUACUGGCCUACAAGUAUUUAAGAUUUUGGGGGGAUUUUAGUUUUUGUAGAAAAAAAAUACUAAAAUCACCAGAAAUUCAGCAAAAAAUGUGUUUAGUUUAGGAAAUAUAUUCAAGUAUUCCCAUUAAUAAAAAAAAGAUGUGAUCGUG